CGGCGCCGCAGGGGCAUUUCCGUCCGAGGGGGCCGAUAAGAGAAGCCGCGCCGCGGCGCACGCUCUCGCUGUCUCUCUCUCUCUCUCUCUCUCUCGUCCUCGUCUCGGUCUCGCCGUGCGGCUCUCUCUCGUGAGCAACAGCACGCGCCGCGGUCGGCCUCCCCUUCAAUUCCUUCGGCUUUGGCCCGGGCGGGUGUGUGAGUGCUCAGCUCCUAUCGCCGAUUCGUCGUCCUCCUCCUCCUCAUCCUGCUCGAUCUGGUAAUUCUAGUGUUGAGGGUCUGAGGAGCUGAAACUAGCACGGGUACCCUGGCAGCAUGCGGUGGCUGGCUCUCUCGGUAGACAUCUUCCGCAAAGGGAUCUCCUUGAACCUGUACUGCCGGGUUAUUCUGUAAAUUGCCUCCAUUAUUGCUCUACUCCAAUCCUGAUCUUCUAGUCUCUGAAGUUUGGGAUUGAAGAUCUGGUUGCUGGCAUUGCUGUUUGGGUUUCUGUGGUUGCCUGGCAAUUCUUUCAAGGAGAACGGGCAGGAGUACUAAUGGUGUGGCAACCGGUGGCUCAGACGAGAUUCCGCGUGUUUAAACAUGAGAAUGGAAUCGCUGUGAGAGUUAUAGCUUGCUUCCAGCCAUCCCAAGAUUGCCAGGCCGAGUACUUCCGCCAUCUUCUUAAGCCCGUGACGUAGUUCGACUCCCUCCCUUCCAUUUGCUGUUGAAUAGAACCUGUGCUGCUCUAAGUUUUUCUGAAGCAAAAGUAAAGCAGGAGAAUUUCCUGUUCAUCUCAAUUUUCUGGUGAAGAUCCUGUUUGCUGGUUGUUUCUUGAUGGGGGAGAAGGUUAAUCCCUGGUGCCAUUGGUCUAAUCCCCCAUGGACCGAGAGCUCUGCAAACAAUCUCCACCCACCCGAUGUUAGCCUCGACAACACAAAUUCAGUGGCGUUGCCAACAUAUCUGAACAGCGAUGGCUACAUUUAUUCUGGAGUUGCUGCAUCUAUGCCGUCUAUUGCAGCAUCAGUUACUGACAGACCUGUUUCAUUCUCUUCUAGAUUUGUCACAACAUUGGUACCCAGUGUAGGCUUAUCAACAGCUGAGACACUGAGAAAGAGACCUCUGGUUUUCUUUCAUAAUGUGAAUAAUACCUUCACUGUAGGUCCUCUCCUGAGCAAGGGGACAUUGGAUACAGUUCCAGAGCUCCAAGGUAGCAAUGAGACCAAUGUAACUGAUGUUGGAGCACAAAAUACUGAGUGUAUGCAUGAGAAUACUGAGGAGAUUGAUGCACUCCUGUGUUCCGACUCAGAUGAAGGGUGCUUGAAAGUGCAAGAACUCAACAACAGAGUCAGGAAAUACCCAAUGCAGAAUGACACCAUGAGUGUGGAGUCGGUAGCAAGCGCUGGUGCUUCCCAACCAGCAAAGAAAAGAAGACUAAGCUCUGGUACCGACAGAUCUGUGGUUGACACAGCCAGCUCAGCAAGGCCUGACCACUCCGUUGAUCAGAAACAUCUCAGCCAUGACGACGACGCACAGUCGUGUUGUAUUGGUGAAGUGGAAAGCGAUCACCAGUUUGCUCUGAGGGAAGGUGAAGAAGCAGAAGGUGAUGAUGGCCCCGAUGAUCGGAAGCGGAGAAGAGAGAGGAUCCAAGAGACUGUUGCUGCACUCAGAAAGAUAGUUCCUGGAGGCAUUGCCAAAGAUGCCACAGCCGUUCUUGAUGAAGCGAUAUGCUAUCUCAAGUAUCUAAAGCUCAAGGUCAAGACACUGGGAGCUGUUUCCCUCUAGCUCCUCGAUCGAUGACGGUUCUGUUCUGGUUCCUGAACCCAAUACCUAUCCCUCUCUCCAUAUAUACAAGUAAUGAGCUAAAACUAUAGCAGCAAUAAGGUGAAAUGAAACUCAGUCAGUUCCAUUCGGUGAUUCUGAGGACUACUGGAGUGAAAGCUCAAUGGUGCUUUGCUUACAAGGGUCCAAUGAUUUGAGUGGUUACAAUGAAGAUUCAGUAUUGCAGUAUAUUACUAGUGAAUCACCGACCACUGCACCUUCAUCCAUCCAUCCACUGAUGGAGAGUACUACCUAGCAGCAAGCCGGUGUCACAUCUUUCUUCUGGGUCAGUUCAGUGCAGUGCCUCUUGGUAGGCACCUCCUCCCUCUCAUAAAAAAAGGCUCUCAUGGCGUUGAUGGCGCAAUAAGUAAAACAGGGAGGCUAAGCUAUAAAGAUCUUUUUUCUCCCCUCCAUUGUGGUGUGAUCCAAAGCAAAGGAAGGAAGGAGGAAUGAAUGAAUGAAGUCCAUGCAAAGUGCAGUGCUGGUGGCCUGGUGCUGCAUGCGUCGAUGGCUUUUUGACCCCCAAAGGUUGAGAGAUGAGAUGGCGGGGCCGCGCCCGAGGUUAGUUCGGGCUCCUUGUGUGUGUUUGUAUGGUGGCGUGUGUAGCUAGCAGAGUGUGCGUGAUGGCGUCGUCCCUCGCGCUUUUUCUGCCUUUCUACUAGUACUAUACAUAUAUGCUACUGUAUACUGUACUCCUAUGUAUGAAUACUGCAUGUGUUUGUGUUUGUGUUUGAUCCCCCGCUACUUUAAACU